AUGCGACUGAGCCUAGCCAUGCUGGUGGCUGCGCUAGCGAUCAGCCUACUUAGUGCAGUGACACCAACAAAAGCCUUCAACAGCCGACUGUCGAUAGGCUCUGCCCUAGAUACUUCUAAUCAUACCAUCAAAACCGAAUUUCCUGCCUCUGUGGGCGAGCAGGUUUACAUGUUUCAGUUUCCAUUCCAAAUCUACGGGAAGCAAGUUGACCAAAUAAAAAUUUACUCCAACGGGUUUAUAGCUCUUGGAAAUCACAGUCUUGAGGUGCCACAAAACUACCCAAGUCAAACGGCUUACUCCAAGCAUCGCCUCAAUGAACUGGAGGGCAAUUUUAUUGGAGUCUUUACCACAGUCAAUCAGUGCAGUCCGAAUGGGCGCAUCGUCAUUCGGUAG